AUGGAAGCCCUAGAAACAAGUAUUAACUAUUGGGAAGAUGCACUGGCAGCGUUUUCAGUGAACGCGCGUGGUGGAGGUGCCGGCACUUUGGCCCUCACCUCGCCAGAAGAAGCUGAAUUUUGUAGGGAGAUACAAGAUUUGCUGCAAAACGCAUAUUUACUGCAGGAGCGUUGCGAACUUCUAUUCCUCGACCAACGGUCUGUGUUAUUCCGUUCCGAGAGCGGGGGUGGCGAAGGUUCAGGCCGAGCGAGGUUAUUAUCUCACACCCAUACAGUCUCAGAUCAUACUAGAAAAGAACAUCACUCUAGCGCUGAGUCGUUUGCGUCAGCAGAGGAUCAGGUGGCUGACCUCAGAGACUUCGACGAUUUAGCGGACUCACUACCAGAAAUCGAGAGCUUAGAACUUUAUCAAAUGGCUCUUAAACAGCUAGAAACAGGCAUUCCAUACAGGACGCUCCGUACAGAAGUUCUCCAAUGCAAUACGGAUUCAGAGUUCCUUUGCAAAUUGCAUUGUCUUCGUGUGGCCCUCCGGUCUGUAUUUCGUGAAGCAGCGUCUUGGGCUUGGUUCGUCGACGCUGGGAGACAGGUGCUGACGGAUCUCCUGCUUUUUGCUGACAAGGAACCAAAAGAGUUCCUAAUUGCAUACGAAGAGAUGGUGACGUGGACCACGGAUGCUGCUAACUGGCCAAUUAUUGAGAGUGAACUUACCAGUAAAGGUGUUAAGGUGUUAACAUUCUACGACGUGGUGCUGGACUUUAUUCUCCUCGAUGCAUUUGAAGACCUGGCUUCGCCGCCAGCCUCUGUUCUAGCAGUCGUACGAAAUCGGUGGCUUUCAGAUGGUUUCAAAGAAACGGCACUCACAACAGCUGUAUGGUCCGUCAUAAAGGCUAAGCGCCGAUACUUACAAUACCCCGACGGUUUCAUGGCCCACUUUUAUUCCAUAUCGGAACAUCUUUUACCGGUCUUAGUUUGGGGUUUUCUCGGCCCUAGGGAGCGGUUGAGGGACGUUUGCGAAUCAUUUCAGUCAGAGAUAGUAGGGUUUAUUUCAGAUCUAUUCAGUUUCCAAAAGUCUAGAUACACUAAUGUCGAAGACCUAGCGGCAGACAUAAUGCAACACGCUAGAACCAGGGCGGUUAAUAUAACUGAUAAGUUGUCUGAGAGGAUUUAA